AUGUUCGACGAUUAUAUUUCUGCUUGUCAUUCCCUUGAAUUCUGUCGCCCCGACGUCGGAACAGACUGCAACUUGGCCUCUGAGGGGCCUGUCAUCGCCCCGCGCGACAAACGGGACGAUUUCCUGUACCAACAGGAGGUUACAUUCGGCAUGCUCUACGAAAACUUUCCCAUUGGUGGACAUCUUUUUGAGAACCGCUCUUGUUUAUCUGGUCUAGGAGCCAGAAUCCCGAAGCGCAAGAUCAGCGAUAAGAAAGUCCUCGAGGACCUUCUGUAUGAUAGCGCGGAACACCCGGUUGGAACUGUGACGAGUGAGCUUCAGAUCGUGGAAGAAGUCAAACGCGCAUUCAGUCUAGAUGACGGCAUAAUAUUCGAGAAACCCCCACAUGCGAUCAGCAACACCACCGAAGACGUAGUCCGCCACGGGAACCCAUCAACACCGCCCUCGACACCACGCCACACCCCACCCGACCUGCCGCAGUUGCGAGUCGAUCCGAUCUGCAUCUACAUUGCAUCUACCGAUCCAGAAACAUGA